AUGACUAGUGCCAUCGAAAGAAUAAUCAACUACUCGAAGUAUCCAAUCACCGAACAAAAUAGCGUCAUUCUUGUAGAAGUUAUCAAGCGUGCGCGACACGAGUUGAACGAGAAAGGGAUAGCCUUGCUUCCGGACUUUAUGCUUUCAUCUGCCCUAAAAGAAACAAUCACAGACACCGAGCAGGUUUUACCCAAAGCAUUCCGUGGAAUAAGCGACCAUAACGUCUACUUAGAAGAUUGUAAGGAGGAAAAAUUGGAACCGAAUCGCCCGAGCAAAAUCAUUUCUCGCUCUUCGAAAUCAUGCGUGACUCACGACCAGAUAAAGGCAAGCACGCCAUUAAACAAGCUCUACAUGUCACAGGCGAUGACUGAUUUUGUUCGACUUUUACUGCAAAGGGAGGUGCUUUAUCGCACAGCCGAUCCUUUAGGAGCAUUAAAUGUGCACGUGUACAAAGAAAGGGACCAACUCAACUGGCACUUUGAUCGUGGCGAAUUUGCAGUCACUCUUCUUCUACAAUCACCUGAAGGAGGUGGACAUUUCCAAUACAUUCCCUCGACAAGGUAGAUUAUAUUAAGGCCACUGAAUGAUGUAGGAGAAGAACGGGGCUGCUUAAGGUAGACAACCUUUCUUCGUUCUUUUACAUCAGAACUAUAAAGCAAGAAUUAACUCUACUCUUAAAGGCAUCAGCAGCGUUACCUUGCGAGAAACGUGAUUUAUUCGCAGGCCUGUUUACAUGGAGGCGGGGGAGCCCACAUAGGUGUGGUAACAUGAGGGGUGUCACCCUACCUAUCAGGUAAACGUGAUCAAAUAAAAAUGAGAGAUUAUAUGGACAGGCGGGUUACCCCACCGAAGCGGGUUACCUCACCUAGCUGGGGUCCCCCACCUCCAUGUAGACAGGCCCUUAGUUUCUUCCGUAGCUUGCCUCAGUCCUCCGCAGGGCCUUUUUGCCAUAAGGAGACUGGAGCCGCGUGAAGAAGAAAGCGCAAAGGGAAAAAUGGGAAGGGUAAAGAAGAAAUGGCUGCCUUCCUUCCUUCUGCCCUAAAAUGAUGGGCAGAUUUAGUAAAGAACGACAACGCCCGUCAAAUUAGAACUCGACAGCGCGGAAUGAACUGAACGCGUGGACUUCCUGUGAACAAUUAGCUCGAUAUGUAGCUCUUAGCGUCUUAGAUCUGCGCGCGGCGUCAUCCCGGUCGUCUCGUUUUCUUUGCUAAAUCUACCUGAUCUAUCAAAGGCGCCGCAUUAUAUCCUGUUUUGCGUUCGCUUGGAAUAUGGCAAAGAUUUGAAGCACUGUAUCGUUUCGAGCAAGGUCAUCUCCCUCUCCCUCGACAUCUCCACGAUAGAAUGGCAUGGACUUCAAACCCUCACACGAGUUAAAACCACGUAUCUAGGCACUAAGGAUCCCGUCACGGUUAACGGAGGCUCUGGGAACGAAACUGAGGAUGCAACGUAAACAAGUUCGGGAGAUGACUUACAGUGUUGCGUUUGCUGCAUAGUAAAAGUGCCUUACCUCAUGAUCACUGUCGAUCCUUCCGGAGUCUUGAACGUUUAACGUCCAUGUGUAGUACAUUUGGGUCUUUCGCUGACUUUGUGACGAAUUGUAAUUAACUCUCUCUCUCUAACUGCAAGAGGUUAAUCAAUCUAUGGCUACAGGGUAAUGGGCUCCAGAUGGCAGUGUAGUCUAGGAACACACAGUCGCGGGAGUUGCGUGUGAAUCUUGGUCUCCCGCGAUUCUUGAGUGGCAAGGGAUACACAGAGCGUUUCCUCCUAAGUAUGCACUGCUUGUGAUUUUUCUCGUUUUGAUACCGUUUUACGCGCGUUAGGAGAGAGACUCGGCCCUCAGCCCACUGCCCAACGUAGAGGACCAGAGGAUUACGCGGAUCUAUGUAGUUUUCUGGGAAACUGCCCACCUACCCCUCCCUUAAGCCAACAUUGACACUUACUGCUCACUUGGGGCAAAAUGUUGGCUCGAUUUCCUGGUCUCCUCCCUUCGACCAGUUUAGCAUGGAUGGCCCUGUUAGGUACACAAGACUACUCCAGCCGACAUAGCUAAAUGGGUUUUAGUCAUGGAGACUCCCAAACCGCCUCAAAACGAUAAGGUGCUGAUCCGAUUGAGGCAUUUGCUGUUAUACUAAUGGCGAUACUAAUUUAUUUUGCCGUUUAUCGAUCUCUCUUUAGAUCCCCGGGAAAUGAAAACUACGACCUGGUUAGGCAAGUGUUACUGGCCUCUCAAGCUGGAAAAGAUCUAAGCGAUCUUGGCGUAAAACAGGCCGAUCUUCAGCCAGGCACCCUCGUGAUAUUUUGUGGCCGCCAUUCCAUGCAUCGCGUGACACCAGUGCAAGGCAGUAAGUCACGCAUUCUUGCCGUGCUGUCUUAUGAACAGAAACCUGACGUAUAC